AUGAAUCCCAGUGAUUCCUUUAAAGAAAUUCAAAACGUGAGUAACAUGCACAAUGAAUCUCAACUCCCUUCAGAAUCUGUUCAGAAAGUUACUCGACUGGAAGAUGGAAUGAUGCAGACAAGUCCUGUCCUUGCAGUCUCAGUUGCAUUUUCAGGUCUUGGCUUUACCACCUUCUACUUAGCUGGAAAGUUACACUGCUUCACGGAAAAUGGCCGGGGGAAGAGCUGGAGGCUCUGUGCAGCGAUUCUCCCACUUUACUGUGCCAUGAUGAUUGCCCUGUCACGUAUGUGUGAUUACAAACAUCACUGGCAAGAUGCUUUCGUUGGAGGGAUCAUUGGCCUCAUUUUUGCUUAUAUUUGCUACAGACAACACUACCCUCCUUUGGGCAAUACAGCUUGUCAUAAAUCUUACGUCAGCCUGCUAGAUCAGAACUCUGUGAAGAAAGAAGAGAGACCUACAGCAGAUAAUGCUACCGGCCUGCCUCUAGAGGGAAUAACUGAAGGUCCUGUAUGA